AUGGACGGCGGCGGCCAUGGCCGCUCCUCCCUGCUGACCAUGCUAGGCCUCGGCGUCCUCGCCUGCAACUCUGCCGCGGCCGUCUACAGGUCGUGGGGCGACGUGGCCUCGGUGCUGUUCGUCGUCUCCGCCACCGCGGCGCUGCUGCUGCUCCUGCAUUUUCUGCGCAGGUUCGAGCGCGCGCGGCCUGGGGGCGACGACAGGGGCAAGGCGAAGGCCGCUGUCUGGGCGCUCACCACGCUGCUCACGGCGAUGUUCGCUUCGCGCGUGGCGCCGCUGAUGCCGCCGCUUGUCGGCGUCGCCGUCUGGGUGGUGGCUGUGGCGACGGUCGGUGGUGGGUUCUGGGCCUUGUUUAUUGGCCCCUGA